AUUAUAUUCCGCCAUUUUGUUUUUAGAUUGUAAACAAUUAAUUCUAUCAUGGCGCAGAAAUCACAGGGUAUUCAACGGCUACUAAACGCCGAGAAAAAAGCCGCUGACGUGGUCGCGCAUGCGCGAAAAAACAAAACAAGAAGAUUGAAGCAAGCGAAAGAAGAAGCAGUCACUGAAAUUGAAAAGUUUCGCGACGAAUGUGAAGAAAAAUUUAAGGAGAAACAAGCUAGCGAAUUAGGGAGAGAUGAUUUUCAAAAGAAUAUUACGGAGAGUACGUCUCAAAAAUUGAUGGAGAUGUCUGAACAGAUUGAGGAAAAUAAAGAUGUGGUGAUUUCUCGCAUGAUAAAUCUAGUGUACGAUAUUUCGCCAGAGUUACAUGAAAACUUUCGACUUUAAUGUUGUCUUGAAACACAGGCUUGGAUGCAAACAGAUUUUAAAUUUUUUAUCAAGGUCCUUACCAUAGCUAAGUACUACAGCUAAUAAUUAUUAUUAAAUUAUAAAAAUAUACAGAAUUAUUAAAUAUUAUACCACAUUAAUCAAUUUUUUUUAUUAUACUACGUAUAUUGUAAGAUUAUUACCAAUAAUUUAUUUUUUUGUAAAAAGUAAAAACUUACGUACCGUAAUGCAUCUUAUAAACUCCCCCCUUGAUUAAACGC